AUGUCGCUGCAACGCUUGCUGGGCUCGGACGAGACCGUCAAGCCGUCACAGCGACCGUACGCGCCGACCAAGCGCGUAUCUCCGCCCUCGUCUGUCCUCGUCCCCAUCUCCCGCGUCGAACUCGCCCAGUGCCAGACCGCCCUAAACCCGCUCCGCACACGCCCUGCAUCACAGCAGCAGUCGUACUCGAGGCCAUCUUCGCUUCCUCCAGCACCGGCGAGUCUGCCGGCACGCCCGGCGGCCGCGACGAACGGCGGCCUUCCUCCUCCUCCACCAACCGGUCACAAGCGGCCGAACCGCGAGAGCGGCCCAGACGAGCACGCCGCCAAGCGCUGGAGGACCGCGCAUGACGUCAGGAGUGUAGCGGAGCACUACAAUGCGCGCCCGAACACGGACCGCGUUGCUCGGCAAGACUCGCCCAUCAUCGGCUUGAAGAGCUUCAACAACUGGAUCAAGACGGUCCUGAUAGCCAAGUUUGCCAGGCGAGAGGACGACGUGGGCCCGAAGGUCAAGGUCCUCGACUUGGGCUGUGGCAAGGGCGGAGACUUGCAGAAGUGGGCGAAGGCUGGUACAGACGAGCUCGUGGGACUCGACAUCGCCGAGGUUUCUGUCGAGCAAGCUCGCUCUCGGUGGCAGUCCCUCCGGACGCGCUUCCCGGCUUCCUUUUACGCUCUCGAUUGUUUCGAAAGUUCGAUCGAAGAGGUCCUCCCUGCGUCGACUGUGACGCGGCCUUUCGACGUCGUCUCAAUGCAGUUCUGCAUGCACUACGCCUUCGAGACCGAGGCCAAGGUGCGGAGGAUGCUCGAGAACGUCUCGCUGUACCUCAAGCCUGGCGGCGUCUUCAUCGGAACCAUCCCGGACGAGAAGCAGCUGUUUGAGCACCUCGACAAUGCGCCUGAUCCCGAAAAUCCGCUCGUCUUCGGCAACUCGGUCUACAGUGUCAAGUUUGACCAGCGCGAAUGGGACUCGCCGUACGGUCAUCGAUACACGUUCUUCCUGCAAGAUGCUGUGGAGGAGGUGCCGGAAUACGUGGUUUACUGGGACAACUUUGUCAGUCUGGCUGCGGAGUAUGGGUUAGAAUUGCGGUUCCAGGCGGACUUUCAGACCAUUUUCUCGGAGGAGCAGGAGGAUCCGCACUUCUCGCAGCUCUUGCGGAAGAUGCGGGUCAUGGACGCAGAGGGGAAUGCAGAGAUGGAUGAGGACCAGCUUGAUGCGGCCAUGUUGUAUCUCGGUUUCGCUUUCACCAAGACAGAGUAG